CAAGAAAGGAAUUAAUACUCAAAAACUAGUGUGUCCAGAUCAACAUCAUGGCUGCUACAUCUCAAUCUUCAGACUCUUCACUACCCAAGUUAGAUACUGUGAGAGAUAUACUCCUGUGGAGGAAGAAGAAGCAGAGUUUUCUGGUUCUUUUGACAGCAACAGCGACAUGGAUUUUGUUGGACGUCUAUCAAUUCAACUUCCUCACUGUAAUUUCAUACGUUGCCAUGUUUCUUGUCACUUCGUUGUUCCUUUCGGGCAACUUGCUUAGGCUUCUCGGCAAAGAGCCUCCAGAUUUGUCAAGAGUUGGAAUUACAGAGAAGUUCGCUUUGGAGAUGGGAAACACCAUUCGUGCUUGGGUUGAAGAAGGAAUUCGAUGGAUGUUUCAGGUGGCUGCGGAGAGAGAGUGGUUUGUAUUUGUUGGAACUGUCUCUGGUUUGUGGUUGCUCUCCCGUGUAGCAAGAUGCGUUGAUCUGCUUACUCUUCUUUAUAUAGGUAUCGUUAUGGGCAUGACAGUUCCAGCAAUGUAUGUGAAAUACGAGGACAAGAUAGGGAGGAGUGAGGAGAAGUUGAAGGCACAGUUGAAAAGGUACUAUGACACGCUUGAUGAGAAGGUAGUCAAGAAAAUACAGAACAAGGUGACAGUCGGGGAAAAGAAGGUGAAGAAGGUUGAGUAGCUGUUUAAUUUGUAUGCGUUGCUUGGGAAGUAGUAUCCGCAGUACAGUACUAUACGUAUAUUUCUCCAAGUUAGUUGUAACUUGUAAUUACUUCUUGAUCAAGAAUCAAGACCAUGCAUGCUUGAUCUUGUCUUUCCAUAGUAUAUAUGUAUAUUCAUGUUA